AUGGCAAAUCAAAAAACCGUCGCAAGCGAGGAAGAAGAGAAGGUCGUGGUCGAGAAGGGAAUUGAACUCACUGGCACUGGUUAUGGCGUUUCGGUUGCUUGUGUUUUCACAUCUGCUUGCAUUAUCAGCAUUUCGGCGAGAAAAGCCCAAGAACGUAUGCCGUCAGUGUUCAACGGUAACGUUGGGUCAUCUUCGUCUAUAGCAGAAGAGUUUGCAGGAGUCGCGAUCUUUUCUGAAUCUGUCGGCCAGGGUUAG